AUGGCUACAACUUCAAGAGAUAAAAAAUUGAGAAUCUGGGACAUAAGAUCCGGCAAAAUCUUGUCUGAGGGUCCCGGUCACACCGGCGCCAAACCCUCUCGUGUGACCUGGUUGGGCAAUACCGACAGAAUACUCACCACCGGGUUCUCACGUUUGUCUGACCGUCAGGUUGGUAUCUGGGAUGUCAAUAAUAUUGUCAAUGGGCCAAUCGACGGAUUUGUGGUUAUUGACUCUUCUUCCGGAGUAUUGAUUCCAAUCUAUGACGAGUCAACUUCCAUCUUGUAUUUGGCAGGAAAAGGAGACGGAAACAUCCGUUAUUACGAGUAUGAGGAUGACAUCUUGUACGAUUUGUCGCAGUACGCUUCAACUGACCCUCAAAGAGGUUUUGCUGCUGCUCCUAAACAUACUGUUGCAGUCAAAGAGAAUGAGAUUCUCAAGUGUUUUAAAACCGUCAAUGAUUCAAUGGUUGAGCCUAUCUCUUUCAUCGUUCCCAGACGCUCUGAGUUAUUUCAGAGUGACAUUUACCCCGACUGUCCCUCAACUGAACCAGGAUUGUCUGCCGCUGACUGGUUUGCAGGCAAAUCUUGUCAUGGUCCCAAGUUGAUGAGUAUGGAAGCUUUGUAUGAAGGUACAGAACCCACCUUGAGAGACGCGGAGCCUGGCGUCAGUAUAUCGAAAGAGAAGGAGGCGAAGGAAGAGGAGAAGAAAUCUGCUGCCAAAUCAGCGAAUGAACCUAAGGAACUGAAGUUAGUCUCAACCCCAAAGCCAGAGUCCUCAACACCAAAGGAAUCCACUCCCGAGUCGAAAGCCGAAGUCGACGAAGUUUUGAAAUCAUCCACAAGCGUCAAUAAGAUGUUGGAGAAGGUGAAUGAUGAAUCGGACCCUGAGGAUGACGUGCCAGAUGUUGACGAUGGAAAUGAAGAAUGGGAGGAAGUUCAAAAAACUGACGUUCCUUCUAUCAAUUCUGUGCAAUCAGAAGAAACUGCAAACAGCCCUGCAACUACGCCAAAAACCUCUGAACCUUCCGAAGCCACUACUAAAAACGCCCCUGAAGUUGUUUUAUCCGAACAGCCCAAGUCUGUUGUAGCUGAGAAAUCACCCGAACCCGCUGUUUCUUCUCCAGUAAAGAAUUUGACCCCAGAGCCUGCUGCUCAAGAUGAUAAAGCCACAAAGACGCCCACGGCUCCCACUUUAAAAGGUACCGUUGAACGGCUCUCAAGCUUGGUUGAUUCGUUAGAAUCUCAGAUCGAAAAGUUGACUCUUGCGAGCCAAGAAAAGGACGACAAAUUGGAUGCGUUGGAGAAGAAAAUUGACCAAUUACUCAACAAGUGA